GCUAAAGGAGUAUUAUGGAUCGCUAGAUGCACCUUCAAAUCCACAAAAUUCACAGCGGUUUUUUCCUUAUCCGAAUCGAUACAAACAACAGGAUAUAACUAUAGAAUUUACAUAUGAAAAAAAGCUUGUAGAUCAGCCAGACAAGCUUCUUUGGAAAGCUAUAACAAAGGACGGGCGGGAGAUUGUUGUGAAAUUCACAUGGCGUUAUAAUCAGAGGGCACACGAAUUGUGUAGCGAAAUUGGAAAAGCACCAAAAUUACUCUACAUUAACAAAGAGGUGGUGGAUGGUUUUUAUAUGGUAGUGAUGGAUUAUGUUAAGGCCAAGCCACUUUACAACUGCGGUAGCUCACUCACUCAUGAUGAGUGUAAAACGAUUUUUGAGGAUAUCGAAGAAGCUAUCAGUAAAUUACAUAAGGAAAAUAUCGUCUUUGCUGACCUCCGUGAUUCCAAUAUCUUGGUUAACAAAUCUCAAGGUCAAUAUCAAGGAAU